AGGAGAGACUCUGGCCGCGUGUCAAUUUCAGCCUGAAUUGGUGGGGUGGGGUGGGGUGUGAAAUUGACGAGAUUAGGGGCCGGGCUGGGCGGGGGGGGGGGUGAGGGGGAAAGACCUUUCCUGUGCCGGCCCCCCCCCCCCCCCCCGCCCCAGACCCACAACUCCCGAAGCAUCCAAGCCUCCUGCUUGGGCGAAAGGGAAAGUGGUUUUUCCUCCUUCCCCCUGCGGUGCCUACCGCGGCUUCCCGGCAGCUCCCCUCUCCAGGGGCCCUGCUCCCUCCCCCCCCCCCGGGAGAUUGGGGGGCCGGCUGCCUGGCCAGGAUGUGCCCCCCAAGGGGGAGGCUUUCCUGUGACUUGGGGGAGUGGAGUUGAUUUGCUUUGUUUCCCUCCCCCCCCCCCCUCCCCUGCCCUGCGAGGACUCCAGGAAUAGCUUCCCUUCCCAUCACGCCAGAGUAGGUCUACACGGGCGGCGAGCGAAAUCGCAUCAAUCUGGACUGGUUUGGGGUCAGAAAGGGGCCCAACAAGAGUUCCUGUUCCCCCGGAGCUGGAGGUUUGUUCCAGCCUCAGGGUUUCCUGGAGGAAGUUGGAGCAGGGAGUGAAUUUGGCGCAGCCUUAAAAUAUGAUCCCGCGGGAGGGACCCCGGUGAGCCGGAGGACACGGCAGGGUGGGCGGGGGGGGGAGGAGAAUCCGGCCUGGGCAGCGCGAUGGUCCCGCUGUGCUGGCCCUGCGUGCGCUGCUGCCCGGACCCCCCGGCCGCCAUGAGUGGGCCCCCCGCCCCGCGGCCCCCCGGCCCCUCCUACCGCUACCGGAGCUUCUGCGGGGACUUCGAGCGGGUGGAGACGGCGCUGGAGCGGCUGGAGGCCAGCGGCUUCUACUGGGGCAGCCUGUCGGGGGCGGAGGCCAAGCGGCUGCUGAGCCCCCACCCGCCGGGGGCUUUCCUGGUCCGCGACUCCUCCGACCACCGGCACCUCUUCACCCUCAGCCUCCGCACCGGGGCCGGCAUCACCAACCUGCGCAUCCAGCAGCAGGGGGCCGCCUUCCACCUGGAGACCCAGCCGGGGGCCCCCUGCCCCCCCGCCUUCGCCUGCGUGGUGCAGCUGGUGGAGCACUACCUGGGGCGGGCCGGGCACCCGGGGGCCCCCUGCUACCUGGAGGCCCAGGGCAGCCGCCCCGAGCCCCUGGCGCUGGCCCGCCCGCUGCGCUGCAAGGUGGCCUCGCUGCAGGAGCUGUGCCGGCGGGCCGUGCGGGCCAGCGUCCGGGCAGGGACGGGGGGGCCCGAUCUGGAGGGGCUGCCCGUGCCCCGGGCCCUGCGCAACUCCCUGCGCUGCUAGGGGGCCGUGCCCCGGGCCCUACCGAACUGUCGGCCCAGCGGGAGGGGAGAGGAGCGAGGGGGGACCCCCACCAAGGCUCAUGGGAGGCGGUGGGGAGUCCAGGGCACCGCCCGUAAUGCGUGGGGGAGGGGAGGAAACCCCAGAGCAGGACCCCCUCUGGGACACCCCAGGUAUUUCCAGCGCAGUGGGAGGAAGACCAGGGAAGGGGUCUGUGCCCCACACCUCAGGGUUGGGAGAGACCGGGGGUGGGGGUGGGGCAGACUGGCAUCAGCCCCCUGGCAGCUCCGGAGCGUGGGGGAGAUGGGACUGGAGGGGCAGAAAGGCCUGGAGUGGAUGGGGCUCUUUGGGCCAGGGCUGCGACCCAGGAUAAGAACUGGGAGGGGGACACAGGAAUUGGUGGGGACUGGAAGCCAGGACUCCUGGGUUCUCUAUCCAACUCUGGGGAGGGGGAUCUAGCGAUUGGAGGGAGGGGACUAGGAGCCAGGACUCCUGGGUUCUCUCCCCAGCUCUGGGGAGGGCAUGGGGUUUAUAUCCCACCUAUAGCCAGAGGAGCCAGAGCGGACCGUGGCCCCGUGCUGGGGCUCCCACCUCAUCCCCUGGAGGGCAUCCCGCCAACCUCACGGACCUCGUCUUCCCCCCAGGAGCGCUCGUGGCCCCGUUACCGCCAGCCGGGCUGGGCCGUGGGCUUGUACCGCUGCAUCGGGACAGAAUAAACCUCGGUCUGCUGCA